AUGACAUUCGAAGAGAGCGUGACGUCUUUUUACGUGGCAUUCGCGGAGCAGCAGCUUGAUCAGGUCUGUCAAGCUCUCAGUGAUAUGCGCAUCUACUCAGUCAAUACCAUAUCGAAUGAUAAGGAAGGAGAAGGUGUUCAUGAUGAGAUGCUGCGUAGCUGCGAGACUAAAGCCUUAAGUCUGCAAGACACAGCGCUAUCCCGACUGCAAACAGCUUGUGAAAGGUCCGACGUAGAUGCCGACGCAGCCUUAACAGCAUUUUCUCACUGUGUUGCUUUGGGUGCUGCACACGAGGCCGCAUCCAAGUUCUCACGCUGUUUAAAAGGCAUUUUUGACACGCAAGCGCGCGCCAGUUUUAAUCGUGUGAAAGCCAGCAAACAGGCCGCCAAAGUUAAUGAACAUGGCUACUUUGACCGAGCUUGCUAUGUGGAAGCAAUAAGCGAGAUAUUGACUGGGGCGACGGACAUUAUGAACGCCGUAGCGGAUGUGACAACCGAUCUGCUAGUACUUAAAUUGGUGUUGGAGCCAAUUCAUGCCUCGUGCGCCGGAAUUGUUCUGGAAAUAGUGCAAACCUAUGCUGCUGAUGCAAGAAUAGUGGCUUGGGAGCGGAGAGCGAAUGUGCAGGCGCAGAGAGACCCAAAACAGGCGCUGCAGGAAGAUGAAGUAGAAGCAGACGAGAGUUUGCAAAUGAUUGACUUAAUUCUAGACGAACUUGCUUCUAUUAUCCGCGUGCUUGUAAGCUACACUGCGUUCUUGAUCACAGUCUGUGAAGGUCUGGGACAACAGGAUAGAAAUGAAGGGUUUGAGGCUAAGGUGCACGAAUUGAGUGGUGUGUAUGUCAUGUUGGAGAGAUUUUACGUUUUUCAGUCUGUGCACAAAGCAACAGUGAUUGCAGAACCACAGGAACUGGAGCAUGGAGUCUAUGUGUCGAGCGUUGUUGAAGAUGUUUCAUUUGUUCUUAAUAAAGCCUUUUUCAGAGCAUCGCAAUGUUUGAAUUAUCACACGGCGCUUUCCAUUGUGAUUGUACUUGUAGACGCGCUCGAGUCACAGUAUUUACAAGCAGUGUUAACACUACCAAGCCGUCCAUGCGUGAUCCCGCUUUUUCCCAUGAAAGCAGCUACUGCACAAAUAAGCAGACAGGAUAACAGUAGUGACGCUCAAAAUCAUCAUAGCGAAAUAUCUUUUUCAGACAUACUUCUACGGGUAGUUGAUGAAGAUCUGGAGCGAACGCUUCAGGAAGAAGCAAGACAUAUCAUGACUAUAAACUCGGCAUACAUGAGUGGUGAGUUUGUAAGCGCGCUUCAAGAAAAAAUCGACGAAUUUUCCAGCGCAAUUUUUGCAACGGAUGCUCCUAUACUUGAGUGUUUACCAACUCCCAUUCAAAAUAUAACGGAUGCAUUUCGAUCAAUUGUCUCCAAUGAGAUACAGGAAGUUUUGGCUCGAACCUUGCACAAGCGCCUUCCACAAGUAUUAAAUUAUGAGAUGGAUGAACAACUUCAGUACGUUUUAACCUCUGCUCAAUAUGAUGCGCUCGAGCUACAAGGAUCUCUAUUGGUAAGACUUGUGGAACGAGAAGUCUCGACGAAUAGCGAAUUACAGCGAUAUGAGCGCGUGCUGUGCCGCGCCCCCUUUGAAGAUUUGGUUGAAGCUGCUACGCAAUAUCUCACGUCAUGUUUGGAGAGUGCACUUUUCACGUCAAGAAAACGAUUUAAUGACUUAGGUGCAUUGCAACUGGAGCGCGAAAUUACGGACAUAUUGACACGCAUUUCUUCACUUGUGCCUCAUAGAAGCCUGCGGAGGGCGUUUACCCGACUGUUUCAAGUCAUAUUUGUCUUGAAUUUAGUGCAGCCGUCACAUGUUCUUGACUACGUGAGCAAUUUGCGUAAUGAAUUCACACCCGAGAUGAUAGAAACACUUCUGCGCAUGCGAGUGGAAUUCCAGAGCGAGGACAUUAUGCAUGCUAUAGAAGAUAUCUCAAAAGCCAAAUAG